CGAAGAAACCAAUCAGCGGCACCGCGGUUCCGGGGUAUCAAGUAUCAGCACCCGCUUCCUGAGGCUGACAUUUCUCCCCAGACCCCGAGGAUGCGGGUCGUGAUGCCCCCAACUCUACUGCUGCUGUCGGGGGCCCUGGCCGUGACCCAGACCUGGGCGGGCUCCCACUCCCUGAGGUAUUUCCACACCGCGAUGUCCCGGCCCGGCCGCGGGGAGCCCCGCUUCAUCUCCGUGGGCUACGUGGACGACACGCAGUUUGUGCGGUUCGACACCGACGCCCUGAAUCCGAGGUCUGAGCCGCGGGCGCGGUGGAUGGAGCAGGUGGGGUCCGAGUAUUGGGACCAGGAGACGCGGAACGCGAAGGACAACGCACAGAAAUUUCGAGUGAGCCUGCAGAACAUGCGCGGCUACUACAACCAGAGCGAUUCCGGUUUCACCUUAAUCACUGCUGCUCUGGGGGCGGGGACAGGAUCACACAACAUCCAGUGGAUGUAUGGCUGUGACAUCGGACCGAACAGCCGCCUCCUCCGCGGGUACAGUCAGGUGUCCUAUGACGGCAAAGAUUACAUCGCCCUGAACGAGGACCUGGGCUCCUGGACCGCGGCGGACACCGCGGCGCAGAUCACCCGCCACACGUGGGAGGUGGCCUGUGCUGCAGAGCACUACAGGAACUACCUGGAGGGCGUGUGCGUGGAGUCGCUCACCAAAUACCUGGAGAUGGGGAAGGAGAGGCUGCUGCGCGCAGAGUCUCCCAAAACACACGUGACCCGCCACCGGAUCUCUGACCAUGAGGUGACCCUGAGGUGCUGGGCCUUGGGCUUCUACCCUGCGGAGAUCACCCUGACCUGGCAGCAUGAUGGGCAGGACCACACCCAGGACACAGAACUUGUGGAGACGAGACCUGCGGGAGAUGGGACCUUCCAGAAGUGGGCGGCUGUGGUGGUGCCUUCUGGAGAGGAGCAGAGAUACACGUGCCAUGUGCAGCACGAGGGGCUGCCCGAGCCCAUCACCCUGAGAUGGGAGCCAUCCUCUCAGCCCUCCAUCCCCAUCCUGGGCAUCAUUGUUGCUGUGGUUGUCCUUGUGGUCAUUGUGGUGGUUGGAGCUGUGAUCUGGAGAAAGAAGUUCUCAGGAAGAAAAGGACCAAGCUACUCUCAUGCUGCACGCGAUGACAGUACCCAGGGCUCUGAUUCGUCUCUCAUGGCUCCUAAAGUGUGAGACCCGCUGCCUGUGGUGCACUGAGCGAUGCAGGAUCUGUUCAUGCUCCCACUUGGUGACAUCGAGAUCCCCCUGACUUCCUGCAGGUGGUGUCAGAAUGUGUCUGCGUUCCUAUUAGCAUAUCGUGAGGACACAGGAGACUGCCCCCCCCCCCUCCAUGACCCCUCCCCGUACUGAUUCGUGUUCCCUUUCUGAGCUGCUUUCCUGUUCUAGCAGAGUCAGUGCUGGACCGUCUCCGUCCCCGUCUUUUUUUCAUGUUGGGCUGAGUACUGACUCCUUACUUCCCUACUGACAAUGAGAAUCCAGAUAUGAAUUUGUGUUUUGUAAUUCUGGGUAUGUGGGGAUGAUGAGGUAAUAAAAGAGAAGAUUUUUAGAGUUGAAAGAGAAAAUAAAUGAAAGCCCUGAGAACCUUCCAGAA